AUGAGGAUCUUCUCACUCUUUUCUCUCCCGCUGGCGUUGGCCUCUGCGCUAUGGAGCCAUUCGACUUUGGCAUCGUCCGACUAUACCGAGCAUUUAUCUCUCCAGCCGCUUCCGCAGUCAUCUCUACUUGCCUCGUUCAAUUUCCGGGGUAACACCUCUCAGCAGUCGUAUGAUAACCAGCAUUUCCAAUACUUCCCCCGGGCUUUGGGUCAGAUCCUCCAGCACGCGCAUACAAAAGAGCUUCAUCUUCGAUUCACCACCGGCCGAUGGGAUGCCGAAAGCUGGGGUUCUCGGCCAUGGAAUGGCAGCAAGGAAGGCGGCACGGGUGUUGAACUCUGGGCGUGGAUUGACGCAGCGGACGAUGAGGAAGCCUUUGCACGAUGGAUCACCUUGACGCAAUCGCUGUCCGGGCUGUUUUGCGCUUCGCUGAACUUCAUUGACUCGACCCGUACCACCCGUCCUGUCGUGUCCUUUGAGCGCCCCGGCAACCAUAAGAAUAUUGACCACCUGCACCUUCUCCACGGUUCUCUUCCGGGAGAAGUUGUGUGCACGGAAAAUCUCACUCCAUUCUUGAAAUUGCUGCCUUGCAAGGGCAAGGCUGGAAUAUCCACCCUCUUCGACGGCCACAAGUUGUUUGACGCAGCAUGGCAAAGUAUGUCGGUUGACAUGCGACCCGUCUGUCAUCCCGACGGGGACUGUGUCAUUCAGAUCGAGCAGACGGUAGAUAUGGUUCUGGAUAUCGAGAGAUCCAAGAGACCUCGAUCUAACCCUAUCCCGCAUGCCGUGCCGAAUGAUCAAUUACUAUGUGACCCGAGCAAAUCAUACAACUCUGAUGAUACAUGCUACCCUCUGGAGAAGGCAAGUGGAAGAGCCUGGAGCUUGCAAGAGGUUUUUGGCCGAACACUCAACGGCGUGUGCCCCCCCGCUGUCUCCAGUGGAGAAAGCGAACAGCCCCUCUGUCUCCGUGUGCCUCACGAGCGCCGAGUGACCUACUCGGAGGGAGCGGUGGAGCACAGGAAAGCCGAUGGCUUGACGCGUUGCUACGCUCUUUCGCCUUCGCAGGCCUUUGACCUUUCAAUCCCCGAGCAAGACAUCGCACAGGAGGUCCCGCUGGAGGAGCCGGUUCUCCACGCUGAACGGACCAUUGUCGGCCACGGUCAGGAACGUGGCGGCAUGCGAAUCAUUCUCGCCAAUCCUUCUCAGACAACACAUGUCGAUUUCAUCAUCUUUGAAUCCCUCCCAUGGUUCUUGCGGCCAUAUAUCCACACUCUCCAAGCUACAAUCACCGGCCAGGAUGGCGUCUCGCGCGAGAUUCCUGCCUCGGAACUUGUUACGGGGACAUUCUACCGGCCCGCCAUCGACCGCGAGCGUGGCACGCAGUUGGAGCUGUCACUUUCCGUCCCGGCUGCAUCGACCGUGACCUUGACUUAUGAUUUUGAAAAGGCCAUCCUACGCUAUACUGAAUAUCCUCCCGAUGCCAAUCGUGGCUUUAACGUGGCCCCUGCUGUGAUUCGAAUCUUGAGUGCCCCAAACGCUGCGCCCAUCUACAUCCGAUCAACCAGUUUGCUCCUGCCACUGCCGACCCCCGAUUUUAGUAUGCCGUACAACGUGAUCAUUCUUACGAGCACGGUGAUUGCGCUGGCCUUUGGUACGGUGUUUAACAUUCUGGUGCGGCGCGUCGUGUCUGUAGAUGAGGCCAUGGCUCUCGGCGCUCAGAGCCUCAAGGGAAGGAUUCUCGGCAAAGUGGUUGCUGUCCGCGAUCGUCUGCUGAAGAAGCAGAUCAAGGUCGAGUAA